ACCAGCAGCAGCAGGCGGUUGAUCCCUCCUCCUCCUAUUACUCCUCUUCCUCCCCCGCCUUCACUGUUGCCCUGGAAGCUCAUAGACACCGGUCGCAGGGAGACGUCUUCCGCGCCUCCGGUCCACAGGGCGCAGGGCUCCGACGCACACUGGAGGAAUGCGUGGCAAACCCCGGCGUCUAUUUUGGAUUCCCAGAGAAGGAGAGCCGCCUUUUUAACCGAGUGCAUUUUCUCCAGUGGAUUACUAUCCCCAUAGCUCGACAUGUCUCUCCUCCAGCCGCGGGUCGUGCAGCUCUCCUCCGCGUCGCUCGCUGUGAUCCUCGGCCAGGACGAGGGGACUGUGCGCGCCGGCGGGGAGAAACUCAUCGCGGCGAGCGGUCAGGAGAUCUUCGCGGACUUCAAGGAGCAAAACUCCCGCAGCUUCUGGAAUAAACGUCUGGUGAAGGCCAUCGCGGAGGUGUGCUUCCAGGGAUGGAUGGAGAACCUGGUGCUUUUCAUUCAGGGCAACGCGAACAACCUGGAGGUGCUGAGGGAAGCGUGGAUGCGCAGGGCUCUGAGGUCCCCGAAGGGCUUCAUCAUUAAAGCUGUCGGUGACCUGUCCCCGGUGCAGAUGUCUCCCGUCCCCCAGUCUCAGUUCAUUCCCCUGGCCGAGGUGCUGUGCUCGGUCAUCUCAGAUAUGAACUCCUCCCAAACCGUCGUCAACCAGGAGGCACUUGUCAACUACAUGAGCAAAGCCCACCCAGGGAUAACCAUCCCCACUCAGGACAUCCUCUAUAACGCUCUGGGCACUCUGAUCAAGGAACGCAAGAUUUACCAUACAGGCGAGGGCUACUUCAUCGUCACCCCUCAAACCUAUUUCAUCACUAACAACAUUGCCCGUGAGAAGAGUUGGUGGACGUCUGGGUCGGCAGAGGACCCUCCCUCUCCUCCUCCUAUUACUUACCUCCUGAGCAACGAAGCCUGUGUGGAGAGCACCCAGUCCCUCCCAGUGGCCCACUGCAAGUCCUGCAGCUGCUUCAGCCCCCUCCAAACACCCACUAAUGUCACCCUUGCUCCUGUGACAGCCACCGUGUCUCCUUCCACUGUCCCAGACCAACAUUCGGUCUCUAUCUCAAUAAGUGAGUGCACAGGUAAGAGCCUGAAGUGGCCCCGGCCGCUGGAUCACAAACCCACGGUGCAGCAUCAGUCCACCUCCACGGCAGCAGACUGUCAGGCAAGCGAGAUCAGCAAAAAUACAGCUUCCACUAACGCCACUGGUCGCAAAGAAAAAGACACCAAGCCAGGGAGGAAGUUUGGCCUCAGUUUGUUCUGGAGGAAUGGAGGGAAAAAAGAGAAGCCAAAGAAAGAGUAUGCAUCUUUCUCCGGUCAGUUUCCUCCAGAGGAAUGGCCGGUGAGAGACGAGGACGACCUGAACAACUUACCUCGUGACCUGGAGCACGCCAUCAUCAAACGCAUCAACCCUGAACUGACGGUGGACAAUUUGACUCGCCACACGGUCCUAAUGAAGAAGCUAGAGGAGAGGAGAGAGAGGGGGGUAGACAGAGUGUUAGAGAGGGGUCUGGAUAAAGAUGAUAAGGGAGUAGACAAGGGAAUGUCGACAGAGAUCUUAGCCUUCUCAAAACCCAGGCACCAUCACUCCUCUAAGGCAGCAGCAGGAAAGAGAUCUGGUCCGAAGGCUUCCCGCAGCAAGCGGAGGGCCCACUCAUCCAGAGAGAAGCAAAGGGAAAGAGAGAAGGAGAGGGUUAAGAGUAAGGUUCCAAUAUGUGCGGACAAUUAUACAGAGGGGGACGAUCUGAUCCCUACUCGGCUCAGAGGGGAAAUCCCUGCUGAUGAACCAGAUUCAGUGGAAGAAGGUGGAGUUGUCGGGGGGAAAUCUCUUUAUAAGAAACGCAUUGAAAACCCUUUCCAGACUCAGCCAAUCAAAGACCCGGCUGAGGCUGCCAUUCCCUGCACCAACAGAGAGCAGAGAAGACGAGAGGUGAAAGAGGGCAAGGCCCCUGGGCCAGGCAGGAAGGAGCGAACGGGUCACCGCUCGAAAUCCUGGGACCCGCAUCGGGCCAAAGCUAACGCCACAGAGCAAGUAGGGAAAACCCCCACAUCUGACGACAGGUACGACUAUGUGCAUGAGAAGGAAUUCGCUGUUGAUCAUCUGCUCCAAGCAGACACUAAGCUCAACAGAGAGCUGCCGCUGGUCUACAGCCCGGCCUACCCACAGAGCAGCACCCUGCGAAUAGAAGACAAGGUCCGACAUCAGAGGGAGGGAAGUGGCCAGAACAGCUGGGAGAGAGACGGCAAGAACGCACCUUUUGCGGAGGUCGAAUACAACACUGUGCCAGACCAAACUAUAGCUGAACAAUACUCAAAAGCUAACAGCAAUCUUUCUACACCAGUCGUAAACCACUCACAUGACACAUCCCUGCCCUGGCCCAAGCCCCCUUUGCAGAGGAAACACUCGCUCAUACUCUCCAACCCACAGAGGGAGGAUUUACCGAGGCCUGACAAACUUUUUUCACAUCAGCAGACCUGUGAUAGCCUAGCCACCGUGGAGCAACAGGAGAUCAGAUCGGUCGCUACCAGCUGUAGAGAACAAAGGGUCAGGAGCCAGGCUGAAAGGUCUGAGCUGAUGGCCGGGAGCAAUCCCUCGAUAACAGACACUGAUGGAUUGAUAGAAGACGAUCACAGGCUCUAUCAGCGAGCAGACGAGCAGCAGGACGAGGACGCCUGCAGCUCCCUGUGUCUCAACGAGGAGGAGAUUAUUGGUGUGACAAAUGUGUACAGAGACGGUGUAGCAGGCUACCACGGUCACCAGCUGGUUUAUCAUAGCCGUGAAUCUGAUUUGCAAUAUCAGGGAUGCCACAGUCUCUAUUACAACUCCAACCUCCACCAACCACAAGGCUCCGGGGACAGCACUGUGAAAGAUCUCAUCACCCCAGAAACCCAGAGGGCGUCUUCCCUCAGCCCCGCCAGAGCUGGAGAGACCAGCUGGAGGCUCCGUCAUCACCAUCAGAGGACUCGAUCACCAGGGGCCCAAAGUGGAUCCAGCCCGAGGCAAGGCACGUCCAUCCAGGGGGAAAGGCCCCACGAGAUGAACCUCGAUUUGGAUUGUCCGGAACUGUCCGAAGUUGCAGACGGCAGCAUCUUCGACUACUGCCAGACCAGCGAGAUCGAGUCAGACGCAGAGACCAUCCGCAAGUCGGCUGACGAGGGCGACGGCGAAUCGGCUCACUGGGCGGCCGAGGCGGAAGAAGCGAGGGAGGACGACUACGAGGAGACGGGCGUUCCUCCGGCUCACAGGGUCGUUCUGGGCACGCCCGGCGGCACGAGAAGGGCAGAGAUCGGGGAAGCGGUGGAAAUGGGAGAAAACCAGAGCAUCACCGGAGACAGUGGUAUCGAUUCUCCUCGGACCCGGGUCAGCCUGGCCUCCCCUAACACCAACAUUCUGGAGGGUCUCAAGAGAAGAGGCUUUCUGCAAAACCUGGAGAAUCUGCACUCAAAGAGCAGCACCAUUCGACCGCAGAGCUCCCUGCUGCAGCUGACCCCCGUUAUGAACGUAUAGCAGCUCCAGGUCUCCUGCUAGGGCUGACAUCUCUUCAUGCAGCUCAGAACGCAAACCGAGUGCAUGAAUGUUAAAUUCUAUGCAAACCGCUCAUUUAUAAACACACCCUGUAAGAAGGGUUUGCACGUUGUUGCCUUCCUCCACAUGAUACCUGCCUUACAGGGGUCAGUGUACAGAUGUACAGUAAAUAUAUUUAUCUUUUUGUAAAUACUUCUUAAAGGUAAUAUGCUAUGGUUUAUCUAUUCAUGUAUAUGCUGUUAAACGUGUGUAUCUGCGUUUUUUUCUUGUAAAUAUAGUUUUCUUUCCGUACAUGUCUCAUUGGUUGAAAUGUUCAUAACAGCAAUAACAUGUUCUUGCAUUUACUGUGAAGAAACAACACGAGUAUGUGACACUUUGCUGUUACUUAAGUAAAAGUUCAGAAACUUGCCGUUAGUAUUGGCACAUCAACUUCAGAAUAAUACUUGUAUAGCCUUUGUCCAAUUGUUAAACAAGCAUAUUCGUUUUCAUUGGACAAUAUCACCCAAUGCAAAUAACAAAUUGAAUUUAAAUACAUAUAUUUGUAAAGUUUACCCAUUGUAUUUGUUGGUGGAAGAUUUUGGAUGGUUCAUCAGCUUGAAAUAAAAACUAUUUCCCAUCCAUAAUUUAAACCAGACAUUGCUUUUCACCCACAGGACUGAUAAGGUUCUAUUAUCUCCUAAGGACUUGGUUUCAUCUGAUCCCAACAAUGAGUCUGAUCCAGUUCUGAAGGAGUGUCGUACUUUUUAGCAUGGACAGGUGGGAACUUUCCUGCCGUUAUGUUGCGUUUACAUUUGUACAUUCCCAUAGUUUCCCCCAGGGUAAACGUGGCUCCUCUCACCGCAGCAGACUGGCUCAGUUUCUUUAAUACAAAAUAAUCCUUUAUUUGUCCCACAAUGCAGAAAUGUGUUAUUGCAGCAAAGAGGACAUUCAAAAUAGACAUUGCUAAAGAAAUAAGUGAACAUGCAAUACAAAUGUGAAUGAAAUGUAAAAGAUAAAUGGAAUAAAAUGAUAGCGUAAACUGAAUAUAUAUAUAUAUAACAAUUUCAGCUGGAGUCUAAUGUUGUAGUUGUAUA